UCAAUUGAUUUUAGUAAAUAAUUUGAUUAUUUGUUGUUCAGAUGAAUGCAUCACUUUUUCAUCACUUGAUACAUAAUUACUAAAAAAAUAUUGUAUAGAAAGUCAUGGACAGUCACUUUGAAGUCCCGACUAUACCUAAAGUUUUCGUUCCGCAACCCAUUUAUGCAAAACCCGAAUCUAAAGUGCCAUCCAAUGCAUCAAAACAUAAAAAUCCCGUCAAUGAAGUCAAUAAUAUUGAAAUCGAUAGCACAACCAAUGAUAAAGAAGACGAUCAAUUGGCACAAGAAGUUAAUGAUGGAUCAGCGUUAGCCGUGACGACAAUUACGCCCACUUUAGCAGCGCCUCCCAAACUAUGCGAUUCGUGUUCUCAGAUUUUAUUACAAUACUUUGUUCCUCUUCAGCAAUAUAUUGAUCAAGUGGUACAACUGGCUCGCGGAGAGAUUGAUAAGCAAUCAGCACCUCUUCCAUUGCCAUUGUUUAACACAAGAGAUAACACAAGUUUGCAAGUCUUCAAUCAACAGACUUAUCAUCGAAAUGAACAAAAUGUCAUAUCAAACGAAAACAGCUCUGAAAACCGUUACGACACUAGAGUUUCAAGAAGUGGAGGAAAUGAAAGUCACGGCACAGAUAAUAGAAAUUAUAACCAAAAUAAUCAAAAUCACAAUUACUAUCACAAUACUAAUCAAUACCAAAAUCAAAGACAAAGCUGUGAUUCAAAUUAUCAAACAAAUCAUGAAUCAUAUGAAAGAAAUGAAAGCCAUCAACAAAUUGGUCACAAUUAUAGUGGAGGUGAUCACCGAAGAUUGAGCCAUGAAUCGCAAAGUUCUUAUAGAUCAGUUCAACAAUCACAUCACGACAACCAAAGCACAGACAAUCAACAAUUAUAUGGAGAAAGAUCAGAAUCUGAUGACAAUAACGAAAGUUUGAUAUUUGAUGAAAAUCAACAAUCAAUUAGUAAUGAUUUUAACAAAUCAACACAAAAUUCUGUGCCAAUACAACAAUCUGAAGGAUCAAAUGAAAACAACAGAAUAUCUACACAAGAAUCAUCACAACAGUCAUCGCCGGUUAAUGCAAUAAAUCCAACUGAUCAUCAAUACGAAGAACCGGAAGGCAUGACAUCUCCCUAUGCUUUUGUGACCAUUGCUUACAAUAACUUAAGUGCAACUAAUGCUGUAAUUUUGGCCAAUUCUUUAUUUUUAACAAAUAAUAAGACUAUGAAUAUUAAAGAUGAAAAAGGAAACCGACAUUUAAUUAAUAUUCCGUUUAUUAUUAUAAUUGGCGGUAAUAUUAAUCCAAUUCUUAAAGAAGCCAUUUAUAUGGUUUUCGAUGAGGUUAUUACACAACCAUUGGAUGUAAGAGUUGCUCUAUUAAGUGAUGAAUCAAUUGGUAUUCAACAAUACAAACUUCAGUUAUGGAAGGAAUUGAAAAACUAUCGAAAAUGUCUUUACUUGGAGUCAUCGACUUUGGUGAUCGGCAAAGUAACCAAUUUGUUUGACGAAUGUGAAGAGUUGUCGGCAUGUGUUGACUAUCUGUUUCCCGAUAACUUCAAUUGUUCAGUAUUUGUCUUCGAGCCAAGUCUUAUCACUUACGAACAGAUCAUCAGUUUUGCACUAUUUCAUCAGAAAUGUCAAUCACAAAAGGAUGAAGGAGUCGCUGAAACAUUAGAUGAGAUGACUUUAUUGAAUCAAUUUUUUGCUCCGAAAUGGAAGAAAAUUUCAUUUAUUUAUAAUUUUGUCAAAAAUGAUUACUCUUACACACAAAUACCAGCUUUUAUGAAAUUCGGUGACUCCAUAAAGAUUGUCAACUUCGGACAUAUGGUAACUCAAACGGGAAUCUCAAGCCAUCAUUUGGGCACUUCAUCAGUACAGCCGUGGCAUAUAGUGUUUGAUUUGUUGGUCAACAAUCAACAGGAAUCUGUCAAAUCUAUGUCUAUCGAUAAUUACUCUAAAUUUUAUCUCAAUUGCUUUAUACAACGCUUGUGGCCUAUAAUACAAACACCAUUGACACCAUUGCUGAUAAACAGAUACGGAGUCGGACGCAGAGAGUGGUCUAUAUUUGACUUAAUUCGCCUCUUAAGUCAAGAGUCGGGUUUCGAGACCAAUGACCAUAUGUUCACUCAAACUCCCAUCACUUUUAGGCGAAUCAAAUCUCCAACCGAUAAAAUCGCCAAAUAUAAGGAUUUUAAUCGAUUAAAUGAGGAUGACUAUCUCACUGAAGUGAUGCCUAAUCUCCAAAUCGAUGACAACCAUGAAAAGGAAAGUCAAGUAAAAGAAAGUGAAGAAUCAGACGAACAACAACUUACAAGAGAUGAUAAAGAAGAGACUGUUGUUGAAGAAGUGGUGGAGAAGGAGUCUAACAAUCAACUGACACAACCACAACAGGAUGAACGAAGCAAAAGGGAAUGGGAGGCGGGAAGGAUUGAUUGGAUGGGUGAACACCAAUCCGAUAAAAUUAUCGAUAGACUUAAGAGACUUAUUAAUUAAAUUUUUUUGUUUCAAAAAUUCAACAUAAUUUUAAUAUAUAUACAAUUUGUUUUGUUUACUAAUCAAAUAUUUUUAGUCUUAUAUAAAAAAAUAACAUUUGUUUGCUUAAAGAUUUUAUUUAAUUAUAUAUAUU